AUGUCGCUGCCUGGUGCCUCCUACCACCCGGUGCCUGGCGCUUCCCCGUGCCUGCUGCCGCCCGGUGCCUGCCGCCACCUGGUGCCUGCCACUGCCCAGUGCCUGUCGCUGCCUGGUGCCUGCUACGAACCGUUGCCUGGGGCUGCCACGUGCCUGCAGCUGCCAGGUCCCUGCCGCCACCUGGUGCCUGCCGCAGCCCAGUUCCUGCCACCGCCCAGUGCCUGCCGCCGCCCAGUGCCUGCCACUGCCCAGGGCCUGAGACCACAUGAGCCUGGAAGGGCCCUGUGCCUGCCGCCGUACGGGUCCUGCCAACACCUGGUGCCUGCUGCCGCCCAGUACCUGCCACCGCCCAGUGCCGGCCGCAGCCCAGUACCUGGCACCGCCCAGUGCCUGCCGCCACCUGGUGACUUCCACUGCCCAGUGCCUGUCCCUGUCUGGAGGCUCCUACCAAAUGGUGCCUGGCGCUGCCCCAUGCCUGCAGCUGCCCGGUGCCUGCCGGCACAUGGUGACUGCCGCCGCCCAGUGCCUGUAGCUGCCUGGUGCCUGCUACCAACUGGUGCCUGGCACUGCACCGUGCUUCCGCCCCCCAGUGCCUGCCACCACCUAGAGCCUGCCGCCGCCCAGUGCCUGCCACCUCCUAAUGCCUGCCACCGCACAGGGCCUCCCACUGCCCAGUGCUUGCCGCCACCUUGUGCCUACCACUGCCCGUUGCCUUUCGCUGCCUGCUACCACCUGGGGCCUGGCGCUGCCACGUGCCUGCCGCCGCCUGGUGCCUGCUGCCACCUGGUGCUUAUCGCUGUCCAGUACCUGCCACCGGCCAGUGCCUGCCGCCGCCCAGUGCCUGCCACCACCCAGUGCCUGCCGCCGCCCGGUGCCUGCCGCCACCUGGUGCCUGCCACCGCCCAGUGCCUGCCACCGCCCAAUGCCUGCCGCCAUCUGGUGCCUGCCGCUGCGCAGUGCCAGUUGCUGCCUUGUGCCUUCUACCACCCGGUGCCUGGCGCUGCCCCGUGCCUGUCGCCGCAAGGUGCUUGCCACCCCCUGGUGCCUGCCGCUGACCAGUACCUGUCACUGCCUGGUGCCUGCUACCUCCCGGUGCCUGGUGCUGCCCUGUGGCUGCAGCCGCCGGGUGCCUGCCGCCACCUGGUGCCUGCCGCUGCACAGUGCCAGUCGCUGCCUGGUGCCUCCUACCACCCGGUGCCUGGAGCUGCCCCGUGCCUGCCGCCGCCCGGUGCCGGCCGCCACCUGGUGCCUGCUGCCGCACACUGCCUGCCACCACCUGGUGCCUGCCGCUGCCCCGUGCCUGUCGCUGCCGGGUUCCUUCUAAAACCAGGUGCCUGGCGAAGCCCCGUGCCUGCCACCGCAUGGUGCCUGUCACCACCUCGUGCCUGCCAAAGCCCAGUGCCUGCCACCGCGCAAUGCCUGCCGCCACCUGGUGCCUGCUGCUGCCCAGUGAAUGUCGCUGCCUGGUGCCUCCUACCACCCGAUGCCUGGCGCUUCCCCGUGCCUGCCGCCACCUGGUGCCUGCCGCUGCCCCGUGCCUGUCGCUGUCUGGUUCCCUCUAAAACCUGGAGCCUGGUGGAGCCCUGUGCCGGCCGCCGCACGGGUCCUGCUGACAUCUGGUGCCUGCCGUCACCCAGUACCUGGAACCGCCCAGUGCCUCCCACCACCUGGUGCCUUCCACUGCCCAGUGCCUGUCCCUGUCUGGAGCCUCCUACCAACCGGUGCCUGGCGCUGCCCCGUGUCUGCAGCUGCCCGGUGCCUGCCGGUACAUGGGCCUGCGCCGCCCAGUGGCUUUCGCUGCCUGGUGCCUGCUACCACCUGGGGCCUGGCGCUGCCACGUGCCUGCCGCCGCCCGGCGCCUGCUGCCACCUGGUGCUUCCCACUGUCCAGUUCCUGCCACCACCCAGUGCCUGCCGCCACCCGGUGCUUGCCGCCACCUGGUGCCUGCCACCGCCCAGUGCCUGCCACUGCCCAAUGCCUGCCGCCACCUGGUGCCUGCCGCUGUACAGUGCCAGUUGCUGCCAUGUGCCUGCUAACACCCGGUGCCUGGCGCUACCCCAUGCCUGCCGCCGCAAGGUGCUUGCCACCACCUGGUGCCUGCUGCUGUCCAGUACCUGUCACUGCCCAGUGCCUGCUACCUCCCAGAGCCUGGUGCUGCCCUGUGCCUACAGCCACCAGGUGCCUGCCGCCACCUGGUGCUUCCCGCUGUCCAGUACCUGCCACCACCCAGGGCCUGCCACUGCCCAAUGCCUGCCGCCACCUGGUGCCUGCCGCUGCGCAGUGCCAGUCGCUGCCUUGUGCCUGCUACCACCCGGUGCCUGGUGCUGCCCCGUGCCUGCCACCGCAAAGGUGCCUGCCCCCACCUGGUGCCUGCCGCUGCCCAGUACCUGUCACUGCCUGGUGCCUGCUACCACCUGGUGCCUGGCGCUGCCCUGUGCCUGCCUCCACCUAGUGCCUGCCGCCACCUGGUGCUUCCUGCUGUCCAGUACCUGCCACCACCCAGUGCCUGCCACCGCCCGGUGCCUGCCGCCACCUGGUGCCUGCCACCGCCCAGUGCCUGCCACUGCCCAAUGCCUGCCGCCUCCUGGUGCCUGCUGCUGUGCAGUGCCAGUCGCUGCCUUGUGCCUGCUACCAACUGGUGCCUGGCACUGCCGCUUGCUUCCGCCCCCCACUGCUUGCCACCACAUAAGGCCUGCGCCGCCCAGUGGCUUUCGCUGCCUGGUGCCUGCUACCACCUGGGGCCUGGCGCUGCCACGUGCCUGCCGCCGCCCGGCGCCUGCUGCCACCUGGUGCUUCCCACUGUCCAGUUCCUGCCACCACCCAGUGCCUGCCGCCACCCGGUGCUUGCCGCCACCUGGUGCCUGCCACCGCCCAGUGCCUGCCACUGCCCAAUGCCUGCCGCCACCUGGUGCCUGCCACUGUACAGUGCCAGUUGCUGCCAUGUGCCUGCUAACACCCAGUGCCUGGCGCUGCCCCAUGCCUGCCGCCGAAAGGUGCUUGCCACCACCUGGUGCCUGCCGCUAUCCAGUACCUGUCACUGCCCAGUGCCUGCUACCUCCCAGAGCCUGGUGCUGCCCCGUGCCUACAGCCACCAGGUGCCUGCCGCCACCUGGUGCUUCCCGCUGUCCAGUACCUGCCACCACCCAGUGCCUGCCACUGCCCAAUGCCUGCCGCCACCUGGUGCCUGCCGCUGCGCAGUGCCAGUCGCUGCCUUGUGCCUGCUACCACCCGGUGCCUGGCACUGCCCCGUGCCUGCCACCGCAAAGGUGCCUGCCACCACCUGGUGCCUGCCGCUGCCCAUGCCUGCCGCCACCUGGUGCUUCCUGCUGUCCAGUACCUGCCACCACCCAGUGCCUGCCACCACCCGGUGCCUGCCGCCACCUGGUGCCUGCCACCGCCCAGUGCCUGCCACCGCCCAAUGCCUGCCGCCUCCUGGUGCCUGCUGCUGUGCAGUGCCAGUCGCUGCCUUGUGCCUGCUACCACCUGGUGCCGGGCGCUGCCCUGUGCCUGCUGCUGCAAAGGUGCCUGCCACCACCUGGUGCCUGCCGCUGCCCAGUACCUGUCACUGCCUGGUGCCUGCUACCACCUGUUGCCUGGCGCUGCCCCGUGCCUGCCUCCACCUGGUGCCUGCUGCCACCUGGUGCCUGCCGCUGCCCAGUGCCUGUCGCUACCUGGUGCCUGCUACCACCCAGUACCUGGCGUUGCCCUGUGCCUGCCACCACCCAGUACCUGCCACCGCCCAGUGCCUGCCGGCACCUGGUGCCUCCCGCUGCUCAGUUCCUGUCACUGCAUUGUGCCUGCUACGACCCGGUGCCUGGCACUGACCCGUGCAUGACCCGCCUGUUGCCUGAUGCCAACUGGUGCCUGCCACUUCCCAGUGCCUGCUGCCACCCAGUAUCUGCCGCUGCCAGGUGCCUGCCGCCGCCUGGAGCCUGCUACCACCCGUUGUUUGUCGCUGCCUGGUGCCUGCUACUGCCCAGUGCCUGCCGCCACCUGGUUCCUGCCGCUGCCCCGUGCUUGUCGUUGCCUUGGGCCUGCUACCACCCGGUGCCUCGCAAUGAACCGUGUCUGCCGCCGCCCGGUGCAUGCCGCCACCUGGUGCCUUCUGCAGCCCAGUGCCUGUCGCUGCCUGGUGCCUGCUACCACCCGGUGCCUAGCACUGCCCCAUGCCUGCCGCUGGCCACUGCCAGUUGGUGUCUGAUGCCUGCUACCACCCGUUGCCUGGCGCUGCCCCAUGCCUGUCGUCACCCGGUGCCUGCUGCCACCUGGUGCCUAUCGCCGCCCAGUUCCGGCCACUGCCCAGUGCCUGCCGCCACCUGGGAAGCUAUUGCAAUCUGA